AUGGAUAACUGGACCUUCCUGGGAGAGUUCCUUGAAGAGGUCCACAAGCAUUCCACCGUGGUGGGGAAAGUCUGGCUGACCGUGCUUUUCAUCUUUCGGAUGCUGGUGCUGGGCACAGCGGCGGAGUCCUCAUGGGGAGAUGAGCAGUCUGACUUCAUGUGUGACACCCGGCAGCCUGGCUGCGAGAACGUUUGCUAUGAUAAGGCUUUCCCCAUCUCCCACAUCAGGUACUGGGUCCUUCAGGUCAUCUUCGUCUCCACCCCGUCCCUGGUGUACAUGGGGCAUGCGAUGCACACAGUGCGCAUAGAGGAGAAGAGAAAAAUGAAGGAGGCAGAAAUGAGGCCAAAGGGGAUUAGAAGCAGUGGCGACUCUUACCACCAACAGGAGUACCUUGUGGCAGAGAAGGCAGAGCUCUCCAGUGUGGAGGAAUCAAGUGGGAAAAUAAUACUCAAGGGUAGCUUGCUGAACACCUAUGUCUACAGCAUUUUGAUCCGCAUCACUAUGGAAGUGGCCUUCAUUGUUGGACAAUACAUCCUCUACGGGAUCUUCCUGAAGACCCUGUACACCUGUCACCGGGACCCCUGCCCUCAUCCCGUGAAUUGCUAUGUCUCGCGGCCCACAGAGAAGAACGUCUUCAUCAUCUUCAUGCUGUCCGUGGCGGUGUUGUCGCUCUUGUUGAGCCUGGCCGAGCUGUACCACCUGGGGUGGAAAAAAGCCAAGCAGAAGUGUGCUAAAUCUUACAAACCCAGCCCCACCAUGGCUGCUGGCAAACUGGAGCCUGCACCCCAAGUGGAGAUGGCUCAAAGUUGCACUCCCCCUCCAGAUUUUAAUCAGUGUUUGGUCAAUCCCAAUGGGAAAUUCAUCAGCCCUUUCAGCAAUAAAAUGGCCUCUCAGCAGAACACGGACAACUUUGCCACUGAGAGGGUCCACAGUCAAGAGAAUGCAGCUGGAGAAGGCCAAUUUAUCCAGAUCAACUAUGCACAGAGUCCUGAGGCACCCAAUGACUCUGCCCCCCACCAGGUCUCCAAUGGCUAUUUCAAUGAGAAACGCAGGCUCAGCAAGACCAGCCGUACCAGCAGUAAGGCUAGGUCAGAUGACCUGUCUGUGUGA